AGCAUCUGGUAUACCUGGGACCUUCGCCUUCGGAAUGAUGUAUCCUACGACGAAGGGUCUGUUGCUGUGCAUCCUUUGCCCAUGGCUGAUGCUGGGAACGAAGGACGCCGCGGCUGUCGACAGAUUUCACGAAGUCGGUUUUUCAGUCUGUGGUCCCGUCAGCCAUUCCAGCGCUGUAGGCAACGACCUCCUGUGUGCUAUCUUCUGUUCCAAAGACGAUGCGUGCUGUGCCUUCAGUACAUCAGGAAAUCCCGAGCCCUCAUGCCUUCUACAUAGCGAGCUUCGGUAUCAGCCUAAGGACGGAUAUACCUGUUACGUCAGAGAUUCCACUCCGUCCUACUCAUCUGCUCCACCUGAUACUUCCGCUACCGUUACAGAGGCCUCUGUGGUACCCAUUGUUACCUCAGAGGCUACAGCCAGCGUGACCAUAUCAGCCAGCGUAACCAUUUCUGGAACUACAGCUAAUCAAGAGGUUUCUAUAAUAACUGAAACUUUGGCGUCUGGAUCAGCCACCGGCGAUGGUACUAGCGCUACAACAUCAGAAUCUGUCACAACUUCGGUAACUGCCACAGAUCCUAUUUCUUCUACAGCUGGCGUCGAAGAAACAUCAACGACCAACAUAGAAACGGAGACUUCCACAACAGAUAUCGGAACUCCAUCAUCAACUACCAUAAUUAAUAACGACGCAUUACCUGCAUUUUUCACGGAUACGAUUUCAGUUACCCAAAGCGUUAGUGGCUGGUAUAAGUGUCCUCGAACUUUUGUUCUUUACGGAAUCAUCUACAGCCCAUCACAUAAUGCUGUUACUGGAAUUUUUUGUGGUCAAACAAAUGAGACUGUCGACCCUAUCGACUGGGCGACGGAAAUGUACGCAAAUGCGUGUCCCUCUAACAAACUUCCAACUGAAGCGUUCAUGGACACAUACAACUUUUAUUUGAAGUGUACUGAAAUGGCCUCUCAUCUGGUAUUAAAUGAUGAAACCUGCGAAACGCCGACUGUUAAUGGAACCGCUGGGGAUCUCCCGGCUAAAUGCGGUAACUCGGAUGUACUACAGAAAAUCGCCGGUGGUAACCAAAAUGCAGUUAUGUAUAGUACUAACCAAAAUGCAGGAUGGAAUUGGUACAAUCAACAAACGUCAUCCAGUUUUGAUCACAUAAAUUUCACAUGCUGUAGUCUGACGGCUCUGUUUCCCCUGCCUUCUCUGUCCCUCGCAACAAGGAGAAAUUCAGUUAUGAAUUGCAAUUACCAAGGAUCAGCGGCCAUGGUUGCUCUAGGAUUGGAUUAUACGGCACAGGAUGUAGAAUACGCUGCUUGCUCUACAUUUGGUUCAUCUCUAGUGACAGACUGGAGAGGAACUCAGGAAAUAGCCAUCGAGAAUGAGGACACUCCGUCGGGCCGUUGCCCGUCAGGAGGAGUAGCAGUUGCGCUGCGGGCCGUUACCAAGAAUGAGAAAAACAUGACAGCUCUCUGCGUCCCAGUCGCUGGGACCUGGACUGUGGAUGCUAGUAAGUGCAGACUGGUUCAGAAAAACGAAGGUCCGAAACCAGUAAUACCAGGAGAAAGUACAAGUGCUUGGAGCAACUGGCUAAGUUGCCUCCAUCUUGAGGGAAAUUACACCGUCCAACAGAUCGGUAGGGUAAGCACCCGCAGCCCGUAUAACUCUUAUUACUUUGACAGAGUGUUUGCAAGCAUUCUGUGUUGUCCACUCAAAACUAACUAGAUAAAAGGCAAGCAGAAAAUCCCUAAAGCUGUUGUCUUUCUUGAAAAUGUUCAGGGGAGGCAAAACUUAUCUGAUACUGGUUUCAAGAUAAUCAUAUUUUCUCUUUGCUUUGAAAUGAAACUUGCUAACAGGAAUUCUAUUCAUGCUGUGUAGAUCCAGCCAACAGAUGAGAUAGUAGAGAACAGUUUUGCCAGAUGCAGGAUACUGGGAGGAUAGUUUCCUUCUGAUUUUGUCUCAAUAAUAUGUUCGGAAAACUAAA